CAACCAACAACGACGCGGGGCGCGUGCCCAGUCGGUCGGAACACAGUAUGGAGUCGAACUAGGAUUUUAAGCUUCGAGCUCCCUGCUUCAACAGAACGGGACGCAGCGGAGGAGAGUGAUUUGUUAGGGCUCAGGGAGGGCUUCCGUAUUCGCGUUCUAAGAGCAGGCAGGCAGGCAGGCAGGCAGGGUGUUUGACAAGGCGGGCUGAGUGGUGCCGAGGCGGACGGAGUUUUGUGCUUUCUUUUCUGGUGAAGAUUUUUGAGCCUUAGAGUGGAAGCGAAUAGGAUACACCAUGGGAGUCCCGGCGUUUUACCGAUGGCUGGCUGACAAAUAUCCUCUUACGGUGGUAGAUGUGAUAGAGGACGAGGUGCAGGUGAUUGAAGAUGUUAAGGUUCCGAUUGAUACUACGAAGCCGAACCCUAAUAAAUUGGAGUACGACAAUUUGUAUUUAGAUAUGAAUGGGAUUAUACAUCCUUGUUUCCAUCCCGAGGAUCGGCCUUCACCAAGUACCUACAGCGAGGUGUUUCAGUGCAUGUUUGAUUACAUUGACCGUCUUUUUUCGAUAGUGCGGCCCAGGAAGCUUCUAUUUAUGGCUAUAGAUGGUGUGGCGCCGAGGGCUAAGAUGAAUCAACAAAGGUCUAGAAGGUUUAGAGCUGCAAAAGACGCAGCUGACGCGGCAGCUGAAGAGGAGAGAUUAAGAUCUGAGUUUGAAGCGGAAGGAAGAAAUAUUGCACCCAAGGUCGCGAAAGACACAGUUGACUCUAAUGUUAUCACCCCUGGGACUCCUUUUAUGGCUAGUCUUGCAACGGCUCUCCAGUAUUAUAUACACUUACGCCUAAACUAUGAUGCUGGUUGGCAAAACAUUAAGGUCAUUUUAUCCGAUUCAAAUGUUCCUGGAGAGGGAGAACACAAGAUAAUGUCUUACAUCCGUCUCCAGAGGAACCUGCCUGGUUUUGACCCCAACACGCGCCACUGUCUGUAUGGUUUGGAUGCUGAUCUGAUUAUGCUGGCUUUGGCUACACAUGAACCUCAUUUUUCCAUUCUAAGAGAGGUUGUAUUUACCCCCGGGCAGCAAGACAAAUGUUUUUUGUGCGGACAGGCUGGUCACCUUGCAGCCGAUUGUGAGGGUAAGGCCAAGAGAAAGAGGGGUGAAUUCGAUGAGAAAGGUGGAGAGGAUGAAGUUCCAAAGAAGCCUUUUCAGUUUCUGCACAUAUGGACUUUGCGAGAGUAUUUGGAGUUCGAUUUGACGAUACAAAAUCCACCAUUUGAGGUCGAUUUUGAACGGCUUGUUGAUGACUUUGUCUUCAUGUGUUUUUUUGUGGGCAACGAUUUUCUUCCUCACAUGCCAACGUUGGAAAUCAGAGAGGGUGCUAUUAAUUUAUUGAUGACCACAUAUAAGAAACAUUUUAGGACAUUUGGUGGUUAUCUCACAAGAGAUGGGGAGGUUAACUUAAAACGGGUUGAACAAUUUAUUCGAUAUAUUGGUGCUAUGGAGGAUACUAUUUUUCAGAAAAGAGCUCGUAUACAUCAGCGCCAAUCAGAUAGGCGUAAACGAGAUCAGCAAAACAAGCAGAGACAACAACGUGGGAGAGGAGAUGAUGCGCAACCGACUAAUAUGCCGGACACUUUAUAUGCAGUACAGCGCAACGAUUCCGCACGACUUGCUAACGCCCCUCAAGCGCCACAGCAGAUUCAACAGAGGCCCUCUAGCGCUCCACCUGAUGUUGGUACCAACAAUAGACAGGCUGCUCAGCUAUUGCGUGCUUCUCUUCAAAGAAACAAGAAUCAAGCAAAUGGGAAAGGUGGUCACACUACUGAUGCAGAGGAUGGCCCAGAACCCAAACUUGCACGAGUGGCUGAUGCAGAUAGUAUUAGUGACGCUGUGGUUUUAAAUGAGGUUGAAUUUGAGAGAAACGCAGAAGAUGAGGCUGAUAAUGCCGAGGAUUUGAAGAUAAAGCUGAAGACUGCUUUGCGAGACAAAGCAGAUGUACUGAGCAAUGGUGGAGAGAUGGAGGAUUCAGUGAAAUUGGGUGAGCCUGGAUGGAAGGAGCGCUAUUACCAGGAAAAGUUUGAAUGCAAAACUCCUGAAGAGAUGGAGGCUGUUCGGAGGGAUGUGGCCCAUAGGUUUACCGAGGGUUUAUGUUGGGUGAUGCGUUACUAUUAUCAAGGUGUCUGCUCAUGGAAUUGGUAUUACCCAUAUCAUUAUGCUCCAUUUGCCUCUGAUUUAACAGAUCUGGACGAGAUGAAGAUAGAAUUCAAUCAAGGACAGCCAUUCAAGCCUUUUGACCAGCUCAUGGGAGUUCUACCAGCUGCCAGUUCGAAGGCUCUCCCGGAGCAUUACAGAGCGCUGAUGACAGAUCCUGAUUCUCCUAUAAUUGAUUUUUAUCCUGGAGAUUUUGUGGUUGACAUGAACGGAAAGCGUUUCUCUUGGCAGGGAGUUGCCAAGUUGCCUUUUAUAGAGGAGGAACGCCUAUUAACGGAAAUAAAAAAGGUUGAAUGGACUCUUACGCCGGAAGAAAAGCGGCGGAACUGUGUUCUAGCAGACUUAUUAUAUAUAUCUUGCUGCCAUACGUUGGCACCUUCUGUCUUCUCUUUUUAUGACAAGCAUUCGCACCUGACUGGGCCAGAGCGCAGUGGAGUGAAGGAGGAUAUCGAUCCCAGGGCCAGUGGAGGGAUGAAUGGGUCCAUGUACCUAUGUGAAGGCGAAGCGUGCCCAGCUAUGUUCACUUCUCCAGUUGACGGCAUGUCUAAUAUCAUUAACAACCAAGUGUUAUCGUUUAUCUACAAAAAUCCUUCACUUCACAAGCACAUUUGUCAGCCUCCAGCUGGUGUGAUUUGGCCGAAGAGGACUAUAUCGGAACAGGAUGUAAAGAUGCAGCCACUGUGGCAUGAAGACAAUGGACAAGGACACAGGAACUAUGGUGGAGAUAGGCAACAAGGAUAUGAUCGAUCACAAAGACAGAGUCCUGCAAUUGGUGAAGCUGGCAAGCUACUUGUUACAAACAGUCUAUCCUUCAAUCACUCGCACCUCCACCAAUACAAUGGUAUCAACAAUCAACACCAACAAUAUCAAAGCGCUCCUGCUGGUGGAGGUAGACCUGGAGUUUUGAAUGGUCCUCCACAAUCACACAUAUCUUAUGGUAGAGGGCCAUACGAACAAGGUUAUUCGAGUGGUUCUCAUUACAAUGGCAGCUCUAGACAAUCUGUAGGACAUGCACCCCGUGACAGCUCAUACCACAAUGAUAGGUCUGUCUAUCCUCCUAGAAUUCCACCAUCGCACUCAUCCUAUGUUCCACCACAAUAUCCUCCUGUGAAUGGGUACUAUGUACCUCAAUCACAUCAAGCAUCUCCGCCUGUUGGUGGCCCCGGUUUACUUGGUGGCCCCGGUCUACUGCAGCCAGGCGCACUACAACAAGGAGGAUAUCCUCCAUUAGUUUCUAUGCCUCUGAUACUCGGGACUUCAGAGGCGGCGUCGAGUUGGGGUCAUAGAGCGCAGGUACCUGUUCAAGCUCCCGUACAGCAUGGUUACCAAAGAGGUGUGCAGAAUCCACCUCCAACAACCAACAGUUUUUCUGGUUUUGACAAUAGAGGUAGAAGCUCUCAAGACAGGGGUCGAGGUGGCAAUUAUUACAGUCAAAAUAGACACUAAGAGGGUGCUAGAAACUGGGAAUUUGAUAUUUUCGGUUUUUUAGUAGAGGACUUGAAAGAUUAUUUAUCGUUUUGUAGAUUAAGAUAACCUUCGGACUCCUGGUUACAAGUUGCCAGUACACGUCAGCUCUCUGGCUUCCCCCGCCUUGUGACGGAGACUUUCCCAUGUCCCUUCCAACUCUGAUAGCUUGCUCUUCCUGUCCAUAUUUCCUCCAGUUAGUUUGAAGCGAAGCCUAAUUUAUUUUUGCAAGGCAGUGUACUUUUCACAUAAGCUCGCAGGCACCUUUACUUCAAAGCCUAGAUAACCAGAUUUAGUUUUGCUAUUUUCGGAGAUGACGGUCAGUCUUCCUGGGAUAUUUAGCAAUCUACACACUGAAACUUACGUUUGACAACGAUUCUAAAUCUUUGUAUGCUCGAGUGUAAACCUCAUUCCUACCUGAGAUGUAGUGAAUUGCCAUCUAGUAGUUCUAGACGACGUGAAGGUCCUAUGAAGGUGUUAUCGAUUCUAGAUGCGUAGUAUUGCCAGUAUGUGGACAGGAACAUCAAAGUCUGCAUUGUCCAGUAUGGUCUUUGAAAUCUUUACUAUUCUCAUGUUGUAAUUAGCUGUCUCUCAAUUUAUUUUUUCUCCCACUA